UAGUGAUAUAGCAGCCGUUCGAUGGCGCCACUAUCAGCGCGUGGCUCGACGAUAGAGAAGUCUGAAAACGUGUAUUUAUCGUCUUGUGUCAGGUGACUGGUUAUACUUAUACAAACCGUCAUAAAGAAGUACUACUGAUCUUUGGAAGAAGAUGCAAAAUAUACUCUCCCCUACUACAGAAGCUGAGAGACAGCAAGCAGAAGUUCGACAAUUUAGGGAGUUCCUUACCUCAUAUAACAAGUUAUCUGAGAUGUGCUUUAUGGACUGUGUUCAUGAUUUCACUGUCAGGAAAGUGCAUGAUAGAGAGGAGACAUGUUCUGUUCAUUGUAUGGAGAAAUAUUUGAAGAUGACUCAGCGAAUAUCACAACGGUUUCAGGAGUACCAGCUGAUACAGAAUGAGGCAGCAUUGGCUUCAGCGCAGAAGAGCUAGCAAAAUGAGCAGCUGGUAGACACUCGUUAUACUUCCCUCAUGAAUAAUUAGCUGCGCAAGUUUGAAAGAAAUUUCUUUACUUUUUAUGUGAUUUUUGAGCAGACUGGUCCCAUACUACAAUGAGUUGGACUAAUUAUAUAAAAAUCGCCUGUGGCAGUUUACACCGAGCUCUGUGUGUGCGCCUGCCUGCGUGUGUAUGAAGUGUCUUGAAAGUCGUAGCUAAAUUUAAAUGACCAUAACAGCAGGACACUGCAUGCCUAUUCUGUGACAAAUGUUAAAUGUAAAACUGUCAAAAUAAACUACAAUAUUAAAUCUAAAAA